AUGGCAAAGACUUUUAUCACCGAAUUGAAACGAUUAUUGAUAGAUUUUCCAGAAAGCUGUAAUUAUCAAUUUAAUGAAAAUCACAAGAAAAUUCUACGAAAAUAUUUGUUCCAAGCGAUAUCCUGCGACGGUCUAUAUCUCGAUUGGUUUUUCCCUCGAAUUUUUGAUGGACUGAACACAGCAGAAACUAUUUUCGAGACGUUAGACAAUGAUGCCCAGUGGUUGUUUCUGAAAUAUGAUGAGAUAGUUUUCAAUGGUCUGAAUGGCCAAGAUGAUCAUUGCCAUCUGGCAUAUCACCAGAAUCUGCCGUGCGCUAGAAUCUUCCGUCGCGGGGAACCGAUUUAUAAAUGCUUGACUUGUGGCUUUGACGAGACUUGCGCUUUGUGUUCCCAUUGUUACCAAAGUGAAGAACAUGCGGGCCACACAGUUCACAUUAGUAUAUGUCAGCGUGAAAACGGCGGUGUAUGCGAUUGUGGCGAUCCUGAGGCAUGGAUAGGUCACUUUACAUGCAAAUUUGCUACGGAUAGCCUGAAUCAUACUAGCUUUGGAUCACGAGUUAUUCCGGCUAAUUUUGAGGAGGCGUUUGAGACUACAAUAUGUGUCUUGCUCGAUUAUGUAAUAGAUGUGAUGUCUCAGAGUGAUCUUCAACUAUACCCACCACAAGAUCUUGCUUCGGAUCCAGCGAAGUACUCAGAUUUGUGUACACUCAAUCCAGAAAAAUACGGAUACGAGGAUCCUGGUGAUCUUCAACAUGGCCGUCCAAGUGAAAUGUAUGCUCUCAUCGUAUACAAUGAUCAAGUUCGUCAUUUUCGUGACGCUGCUCAAAGAAUCCAUUUAGCAAGCAAGAAAGUUUCAGAGUUUGCCGUCAUGGUAGCUGAACAGGUACAAACACAUGGCCGUGCUACGGUUUUGAGAUCUAGAGACUUCAAAUUACUAUUUGAGAGACAAAAAGUACUAAGUGCAACGGGGCUUGCUUCAUGCAUCCGCAAUGCUAGAGAUGAAUUUCAAGAAAAUAUGUGCCACGAUAUACUUGUCUGGUUAAGUAAUUUAACAGACCGUGAAGUUUUCAAAACUAAUGAAACUUUGAAAAAUAUUCUUUGCCAUUCAUUUUGUUGCCGAUGGCAACCAGGUCUUUUAAGAUCAGAAUCUCACGGUAUAAAUCAGUACGUGAAAGGAAAAUUGAGCCUAGACCUUCAAAUUCCGAAUGUUGCUUGUAUCACUUCAGACAGUUCUUCUGAAUCACAUUGGAAUUUUGUUCCCUCUUUGUGGGACGUAGAUCCCGGAUUAUGCAGACAGUGCGAUUACAAUCAAACAGUAUCGGAAUACUCUUCGCGAAGCAUCAGAGGUUCAAGAUUUCAGUACUUGGUCUACUUUGAUAUCAGAUUCUGGAAGUCCAUCAGAACGGUUCUUCACGACUUCUACUUGACAUCACUCAUCACAAACUUGAAAUUCAAAAAAUUGUUUGCGUGUCAAUACGUGGAUAUAUAUCCAGCGGUUGCAGAUCUGUUUCUUAACGUCGAUGGGGAACCAGAACUCAAUAUCUUGUCCAAACUUUCUUCUCAGUUAUUUACUUGCCCUUCUCACUCAACAUCUAUAAUUGCACAUGGUGAUGUUUCAAGGAUAUUUCUGACCAUCUUCAACUUCUUGAGAAGUGGUCAAGUUCAAGCAGAAGCCAUAGAUACGGAAAAUAAGAAAACCAUAUCUAUGGCAAGUCUUAAGAACAGGAGAUGGGGUCAGAUAUUCUUUGAUAUCAGCUAUAUUUUGAGUCGAGGGAAGGAUAGCGAGCUUAUUUUGAGUGAUAACAGUAUUCCAAUGGUCUGUGAUAUUUUGUCUCUAUUUCAAGGAAAACCUGUUUUGAGGAGAGAAACAGAGCAUCAUGUCGAAUAUGAAAGUACAGAAUACACCGCUUUCUUCCACGCAAUUCUGGUAGUUUAUCAGUUUGCGGAAUACAUAUCACAAUCUGUCACAAAUCUAGAAAAGGUUCAAAGACAAAGGAUAUCUCUGGGUGCAAUCAAAUAUGUGGUCAGUUAUCUUUUAGAACUCGAGUGCGAAAGUGAGACAAUUUUCAUGGAAAACAAUGAAGUGGACUACGGCAAUAACUCGAAAUACAUGCAAUCCGAACUCAUUGAAAAGGUUGAGGACUCAAAAGUAAGCUUUCUCCAUCCGCUUCAUUCAUUUUUGUCGUGGUUAAUUGAGUUCUCAAAUUUCAGCACACAUGAUCAACUAUACUCGAUUUUCGAAUUUGCGAUUGCGAAGGUUAAUUUGGAGAAGCCAGAAUUUGGGAACACCCUAUGGUGUAUAAACAUGAUAUUUGACUACCCAAUCCAGACUGUCGUCCUUUCUUCUCAAAUAAAGUCUGGGUUUUGGGUAAGAAACGGGUUCAGCGUUCGAAGUCAGCUUCAGCUUUACAAAAAUACCAGCUUACGCGAACAGGGCUAUUUGCGGGAUUUGUUUCUUGUGCAAGUCUUCACAGUUUGUUCUGAACCAGACACUAUCAUGGAUGUGUUUUUGAAGAAAUGGCUUUUCCAUGAAUGGACAACAAAGUCUAUCGGAUCUAGUGAAAGUUGCAUUUAUGAACUGAGCAUUCUCCAAUACAUAAUUGAAGAGUGUCUUAGAUUUUUCAUGCAUAUUUUGACAGAAGAUGUAUUUUUGAGGGGUUUAUCAACUGAAAUCACAACUUAUCUACAAAUAAGGAGUGAAAUUAUUCACAAUCUUUGUUUUGGUCCACUUAGUUACUCCAAAUUGUGUUCGCAAAUACCCGAACACAUAUACUCAGAAAAAAAAUUUGACUCUGUACUUGAGGAACUAACGACAUUUAAGAAACCCAUCACUGUCAAAGACACUGGCGUUUAUGUUCUCAAAGAAAUUCAUUUUGCAGAAGUUGAUCCAUACUACUUCAAUUAUACAAUUAAUAAGAAAGAUGAUGCGAUGAAAUUAUUGAAGGAAAGGAUCAAAGAGGCAAAAAAUAUUCAAAUUUGUGAUGUUACAAUUGAUCCCAAGUCCAGAGAUGUGGAAUCAUUCGGGAUCUAUAGACACCUUGCAAAUUUCACCACAUCAAGUUUGUUCACUGAGUUUUUGGUAAGGAUUAUCAAAUACAUUCAUCUGGAAGGUGUCAGCAAGUUAGACGGGCUUUUAGAGACGGUCCUUCAUCUCAUACAUGUUUGCUCAUUAGAGAAUUUGAUUGAUAUACAGCGAUGGGGAUCAUUUCUCGAUAAUUUUCUAAGAGAAUGUCCAAAUUUCCAAGCCUCAUUAUGCUCAUCUUUGUACGAAUUACUAACCAAUGAUGAAUACGAAUCGCAUCAUGCGAAGAUAAGAGCAAUUUUCAUGACUCUAAAAAGUAAUCAUGUGAAUUUGAUUGAGCUUUUGCAGCUUAACGUACCAAAUUUUCAUGAAGACAUUUUUGAUGUCGUUGUGAAUUUACCAAUUGGAGAGAGCAAUGAUGAACGCAAAAAACGCAUAGCGAAGGACCGACAAGCAAAACUUAUUGCAAAAUUCAAGAAACAACAGUCCCUGUUUUCCAAAAUAAAUAAUGUUGACAAUGACUGCAGCGACAUGGAUUUGACAGAGGAAGAGGAAGAAGAAGGAUGGAAAUUCCCAGAACCCCAUUGUAUUCUCUGUCAGGAUACGGCAGAUGAUGCAGGACCAUUCGGAAUCAUUUCAUAUGUGUCAAAAUCAGCGGAGUUCCGGCAAGUUCCCUUUAAUGACCAAUUCUGGUUUCUUAAAGCAUUCUCUGACCUGACAAAUUUGAAUGGUAGCGAAGGUUGUGGUGGUUCUCGGGAGCAUUAUAGCGAUAAUUGGGUUAGCUAUAUGGCGCUGAUAAAACGUGACCAUGUGAUCGGACCCGGCUUUACCGAUCAGGAACUGGUCCACAACAAGUUAGUUUCCCUGACUUGUGGACAUGGGAUGCAUUUUCGUUGUUACAUGCAAUACCUGACUAGCAACAAAUCUCGUCUGAACCAGAUUACGAGAAACAAUCCAGAAAGUGCUGAACAUAGGGAGUUUUUGUGUCCCUUAUGCAAAGCUAUCAGCAACAUGUUCAUUCCGAUUCUAUGGUUGGCAAACAACCGAUCUUUGUCCAAAUUUUUGUCCCCCACUCCCAAAGAAAAAGGCCCCUUUAGUUCUGUAACAAGAGAAAGUUUUCAUGACAAGUUCUGGCUUCUGGAAUUUGGCCGCAACGUCACUCAAGACUUGAAUUCGUUCUCUAUCUUGACUACUCUGGCCAAAGAAAUGAUUGGAAUGUCACCAUCCGACCAGGCACUUCAAAAUCAACAACAAUUCAGAAUUCUUCUCACAAAUAUGUUUCAGAUUUUGUCACUGUUAACGUUUCCACAUAUAUUCAAGGCGGACUGUCCAAGAAAUUUGAUUAACAGCAUAAAAUCUACCGAAAUCUCCUUAAGAGGCGCAACUCUUCAGUCUCAAUUGGUGAUACAUCAACUCACCAACAAUAAUUUGAUCAACUUGCGGGCACUAAACGAAUUUCGUUUAACAAGCUUACUCAUGAAAUUCUCAAAUUGUGUUCCGUCUCAAACGGGGCAAGUCAAUCCGCAUGUCAAGUAUUUAUCGAGCCUCCAAACACUAACUCCCGAAUUUUUUGACAGUACCAUUAUCUACUCAGAUUUUUUUGAAAUUUUAGUGUCGAUAUUUCCAGCGCCUUCGGCUUCUGUGGAUUUCAACUCUAUACUUGUUUCCUGCUUUAUGGGAUCGAUUUUGCAAAACCUCAACAUAAUCAUCAAGGGGUUAGUCACACAUGAGUUUUACGCCAACAACUCCUACACUAUCCUAGAUGUACCAUAUUCCAAGCUCCUCACUGAUGCGGAUGCACAAAUUGCAUGUGAGGUUUACAAAACUCUCAGGGGAUCCAUAUCCAAUGAUCAACAUGAAGAGCUCAUAACAAACCAUCCUAAGUUUGGAUUUGUCUUCUAUUCAAUGUUGUUGAAAUCGGUAACACCAUUUUUGAGGAGAUCAGCCAUUUAUGCUUACGUUUGCUGUGCUAAUCAAGAUAUUGAUACUGAUCUAUCUAAUGGGGAACUUGAGGGUGAUCAGAUUUGCUCGUUUUUGAAGAUACCAAAAAUGAGUGAAAUAUUGCGAAGAAUGUUGAUCGUGGAUGAAAAGCCUACGUGGGAAGCAGAGCGCCUUAUGUCUUUCAAGAAUUAUAUGCGCAGUAUGCUUCGCAGAGAGGAAAUCAUAUCACCGAAGACAUUGGAAUACCCAGGUUUGGUAAGACUUGUGGAUUUGCCUGAUAGGUUAGAUGAGUUUUUCACUGAUUAUUACUAUCUGGAAAAAUUUCAUAAUCCCCACUUGAGUAUUGAGAAUCCAGCUGUUUGCAUGUUUUGUGCUGAGGUAUUGGAUGCUCAAAAGCGGUCUAUCGGCUCGCCCUACGGGCAGUGCAGCACUCAUUUCACAAAAGAGUGCAUUAGCAGUGUUGGGAUAUUUUUGCUUCCCAAAGAUAGAUGUUUGCUUCUAUUGCACAAAAACGGGGGCACUUUCUAUGAUGCGCCUUAUUUGGAUAAUCACGGUGAACUUCCUGCCGAGACAAAAAAAAGUAGGAUAGUACGUUUACUGAGACUGACUUACAGUGAUUUCAUCAGAAACACGUGGUUGCAACACAAUGUACCUAAUUUGAUUGUCAGAAAACUCGACAGUGUCAUUGAUGUCGGUGGUUGGGAUACGCUAUAA